AGAUAGUUUCUCCCCCUCUCUUGCACAGAGAGACUAGAAAUCAAAGCAUUCGUCGAGCACAGAAUCACUCGGAUCCUUAUAUCACGAUCACUCGAAAACGUCAAGAGAAGCAUUUCUUCUAGGACCCUGUCUCACAUACGUGUUGCUUACGACUUGGAAAUAAGAAGAUCGUAAAGGGAAAAGGGAAGAGAAGAAACGAGAGAAACAAGAAGAAAGAGGGAUAGUCGGCGGGCUAGAAGAAGAAUCGAGGAAAUGAUUAAACUACUAGAAGAAAUUAAUCUUGAAGAUUAUACCUUAAUACUUCCAUCAGUGGCAGUUGGAAAUGUUGGACAAUUAUCUAUUGAUCUAUUAAUUUCAACUUUAAAUCUAUACAAAAUUGGGUCCAUGUGGAGUUCGAUAUUUCUUCCAAUCUGUGGUUAUGAUCCUUAUAAUAAAAAUACCAAUUCUCUAUGUACUGCUGCUGAUUUUUAUCUUGGAACUACUCACAAGAUAGUUCUUCUACAACUACGGUCUCCUCAUGUUGGUAAUUCAACUGAUUUUUUCAAAGAACUUGCAGAAUUCAUUCAACAAAAAAAAAUUAGCAAGAUAAUCAUUUUAACCAGUAGUUAUGAUUAUGAACGAUCAGAGAGAUCGGAUUCAAGUUUAAGAUAUCUUACCACUGAUGACUCAUUAAUGAAUAACAAAACGCUUCUUGAGUCUCUUAAAUGGAAAAGAUAUACAAGGAAAACUUUAAUGGAACCUACAGAAAACUUUCAUAUUCCUGGGGGUGGAUUUGCAAAUGGAUUGUACAAUUAUCUGAAAUCCGUGGAUAUUCCUUGUACAGUACUUUUCUGUUAUUGUUCUGAAGGGGAUAAUAUUUCUGAUGCAUUAACAUUGGUUAAAGGCUUGAAUCAGUGGUUAAAUAUAUUAGAAACUACUUCUAACAUUGAUAUCAAUGUUAGGUAUCCACCAUCUUGGGAAUAUCUUUUUGGUAAUCCACCUGCAUCAGAACUAUAUUAAAUUUUUCAUUUAAUCAUUGCCUAUAAUUAAUGAAAUUCUGAUCGUACCGAAAUUAACUAUAAGUAAAAAUUGACACUGUGUAAAAACGAAAUAUUGGAGGACAGUAAAUUAAAUAUUUAAUUAACAAUGCGUUAUUAAUAAAUUACAAAAUUACAUUUAAAAACAAAAAUGCCUAAGUAACAAUAA